GAACGUUUUCUCUUCAGUUUCAUGUGGGACAGCACAGGAGAUAAUGGUUUGCAAUCAAACAAGACAAAACUCCUGGCUCUUGGUCAAAGCCAUGACCUGUUUGUCUAUGAAUUCAGUGUGGAAGAUGGAAAACACAACCCAAAGUUCCUGCACAGAUGUAAGGAAGAGACACUUAAAAAGCUCCUUGAAGCUAAAAACAUAAGUCUGCCUUCAAUUUUCUCUGUGAAGAUUCUGUCUUUUGGAAACAACAAAUGCAAACUUCUGCUCAACCAGCUUAUCCUUGUGCACCUGACCUUUGCUGGGGAAGACUCACCCCUAGAGAACUGUGACUGCUUCCCCCUGGCUCUGCCUCCAGAAGCUGUGGGGAGAAUAAGAGACUCCCACUUCUGCAGGGGGAUCCUGUUCCUGUUGGACAGUGCUGGCUGGAUUUACAUACUGGACUGCUCUGAUGGUGCCGCCUUAGGGAAGGUCAGCGUAGCCCUGGGAGCUGGGCAGGGGCAGGGCCCAGCCCCUGUGUCCCCCCUGGCUGGCCUGGCAGUGUCCCCUGACCUCAGCACAGCCGUGGUGACCACCAGCAGCCACCGUGCCCUGGCUGUGCAGCUCAACACCUACUUCAGACAGUUCCCUGAGCAUUUGCUCUGUAAGAGAAAUCCUGAAAAUCUCCCAGUGGAGCCUCCAGAGGGCCUGGAUGAGGAUGAGCUGGCCAGUUCUGAGCACAGCAUGGAGCUGCUGUCGCUUCCUUUCCGCACAGACAGGUCCUGGAAGGCACAUUUGUCCUCACUGUGGGACAGAGUGAGGAGAAGAAGAACACCAGCUUCUCCAGAUUUGGUGAACGACUUGAAUUUGCCUUGGUAUCAGUUCUUUACCCAUCUUGAAGAUCACGAUGCUGAAGUCUGUGAGGAUCCAGAGAAGCUGGUGGCCUUUGUUCCCCGGGCUGCUACGUGGGCAGCUUCCCGAGCACUCCAGGGCCAGGGUGCAGCCCCUGGGGAUGCAGGACAGCAGUGGGCACAAAUCCCCGUGGGAGCACCCCAGGAAAUGGUGAAAGUGGAGUGUAAACUGGUGACUGGAGCUACAGCUGUGUUUGUGGUGCUGGCACAGGACACGGGGCUGUCCCUGGCGCUCUGGGAUUUUGAGUCGCAGGACGUGACGUGUUCCCACUUUGGCAGAAGCAGUGUCUAUGUGGAGUGCAGUGCACAGGUGCCACUGUGUCUGCUGCUGACAGAGCGUGGUCUGUCCCUGGUCCUGUUUGGUCUAAGCCAGGAGGAGUUUCUGAGCAGGCUGAUGAUGUUUGGCAGUGCCGGGGUCGUGGAUUCCGUGUGUCACCUCAAUGGGUGGGAGAGGUGCUCCAUUCCCAUCCAUGCCCUCGAGGCAGGUUUGGAAAAUCACCAGCUGGACACAGUGGACUUGUUUCUGAAGAGCAAAGAAAGUGUUUUCAGUCUGUCUGCACCCUGCCCUGGGCCUGAGCACUCUGGGGAUGGUUCCUCCCAGUCUUACCUGAGAAAUCUGGAGGAGCUCAGGCCAGCUUUAAACUUGCUGUGCUCAGCAAUCCAAGACAAUGAUCUGGAGCCUCACAGCAAACAGUUCUCUGAGCAGCUCCUGAACCUCACCCUGACUUUCCUCACCAGGCAGCUGGAGGAAAUCUUUGUGCACACAGAGGAACCUGACGAGUUCCUGCAGAAGGCUGCAGAUAUUUUAACUGAUUACAUCAUUAAACUGAGAAAAUUCCUGAGGAAGUAUCCUCGCCCCCCAGUGACUCCAGGGCCCACAGGAGCUGACCUGGAUGAAGACCUGCCUGAGAUAGAAGAGAGCCAAGAAUGGGAAAAACUGACACCAGAGGAAGUCAUUGCUGAAGCCAUCCUACGCAACAAAAUACCAGAGGCCCAGAUCUUCUUCAGAAGGCACCAGCAUCCUGCAGAGAGCCUGCAGGAGUUCCUGCAGACAGGUUUGAACCUGGCCUAUGACUGUCUGCUGAAGGGCAGCACCAGGGAGGCCUCAGAGCUGCUGAGGAACAUGGGCUUGGAUGUGAAUCGGGAAUUGCACAAGAUCUGCUUCCACACCAAGGACAGACACGUCAGGGAGCUCUUGGUGAAAGUCUUACAAGAAGAAAAUUAUUUUUCUGAAAAAGAGAAGAAAAUGAUAGACUUUGUGCAUCAGGUUGAAAGCUUCUACUCAGAGUCCUUCCAGGAAAAUAAAGAGACUCAGUGUUUUCCCAGUUUCAGCAGCUGCAGGAGGGAGCAGCACCUGUGCAGGCAGCAGGCAGUGCUGGUGCAGCUGGGCUGCAGCAGGAGCCUCAGGGUGAUGCUGAACUGGGCUCACUGGUGGGAUGAGCUGGUGCAGGAGAUGAUUCUGCUCCCCAUGAAACCACGCCAAGAACUCAAGAGCUGCAGUCCUGAGGUUCUCUGGAUGCACCUGACAGCCCAGCAUGACUGGGUCAGUAUUUGUUCCUGGAUUGAGGAGUCAGAGCCCAGCCAGGCUCUGUGUGGCCAGGCUGCCUGGCCCCCCCUGAGCCCUGACAUCGUUGACAGGAGCACUCUGUGCAGCACCUACAUGAGACAGGACAUCCUGAACAAGCUGGCCAGAAAGGGAAUUUUUGUCCGUUCUGAGCUGGAAGAUUUUGAGCUCCUGCUCCAGAGGUUGUCGUGCCUGGGGGGUGUCCUGCAGAAUCCUCACCCUGUUCCAAAAUACAGCACUGCCAGUGGCCUGGACUUCCAUGGCCAGUUUGUCCUCCACUGCCUGGAGCACAGCCUGCAGUACCUGCUGUACACUUACCUGGACUAUUACAGUCUGACCCCUUCAAGCUGCCCUAUCCUGGAUAAGAAGGAGCUGCACGAAGCCCAUCCCUGGUUUGAGUUCCUUGUGCAGUGCCGAGGGGUUGCCAGCAAUCCCCGAGAUCCCAAGAUGAUUUUCCAGGCCAGUCUGGCCAAUGCUCAGAUGCUGAUCCCCAGCAGCCAGGGGGGUGUGAGCAGCAUCCUGCUGGAGGGCAGGACCCUGCUGGCCCUGGCCACCACAGUCUAUGGGCCUGGGGGCAUCGACCAGGUCCUUCAGAACGAAGAUGCAGAAAAACCUCUAAAGAAAGUUGAUCCACAGCUCUUAAAAAUGGCCUUGACCCCUUACCCCAAGCUCAAGGCUGCUCUGUUUCCCUCCUGCACUGCUCAUGGAAUUUUGCCUCCUGACAUCUCUCUAUACCACCUUCUGCAGUCAUUAAUGCCCUUUGAUCCCACGAAAUUGUUUGGCUGGCAGUCAGCAAACACUCUUGCUAUGUCAGAUGCCUGGAGUGAGCUGCCCCACUUCUCCAGCCCCGAGCUGGUGAGCAGCCACGCCGUGCAGGAGAGGUUGGAUUUCCUGUUCUACCUGCACCACGGCCGCCCCGCCUUCGCCUUCGGCACCUUCCUGGGGCAGCAGCUGGCCAGGAGCAAAACCCCCAGGCAGCUGAUCCAGCAGGCAGCUCGGGAGGCUCGGGCUCUGGCUCUGUGCUCCCCCGGUGUCCCCUCGGUGGCCGCAGCCUGCGUUUGCUUCCUGGAGCUGCUGGGGCUCGACAGCCGCCGGCUGCGCGUGGAUCUGCGAGCUGCCCGCAGGAUUUCCAGCCGCGGCACCGGCGGCGAGGCCUCUCUCCACGGGGACUCCCUGGUCGAGAAGUUAACAAAGUUGGCUGAUGGUGAGAAAGCAGCAGCAGCAGCAGUUCUGACCUCCUUGGAAGAGGCUUUCUGGGAUGCCAUUGAGCAGCAAGGAAUAAAGAGGACGUGCAGUGACUCCAGAAGGCAGUGGGCCUUGGUGAUGCAGUUCUGCCAGCUCCAUAACCUGGAGCUGAGCACGUCCUUCCUGAGGGAAUGUGCCAAAUCCAACGAGUGGCUGCAGUUCCUCAUCCAGGCCCAGCUCUACGGCCACCAGCCAGCCCAGGUCAUUCCCCUCCUGCAGGAUUUCCCUGCCGUGGUACAGGAUCACCUGCUGCUGGCCCUGGGGAGGUUCCAGAGUGCUGAGCCUGGUGCUGCUGGCAGGGCCCGUGCAGGGAGCCUGUUCCAGAUCCUGCUGCAGUGCCAGGAGAGCCCCAGCCCCUGCUGCUUCCUGCUGGCUGAAGGGCUCAGGGCACAUGCCCCCAUCCUCAGUGUGCUGGCAGCCUGCUGCCCUGAUGCAAACCUCAUCUCCUGCCUCUGUGUUUGGAUCAUCACUUCUGUGGAUGAUGCCACCAGGGCUGAGGUAACUGCCCACACCCCGAGCUGGCCAGAGAGUCCCCAGUGGGACCUGCAGGACCUUGCUGUCAUCUGGAAAGUCUUACUGAGGAAGCAAAAGAGUAAAACACUUCUCAAUGGCUUCCAGCUCUUUUUAAAGGAUUCCCCUUUGCUGCACAUCCUGGAGAUGUAUGAGCUGUGCAUGAACUGUAAAAAGUACAACGAAGCUAAAACCAAGCUGGACAAAUUUCAGGAAAGCCUCACCCAACUGGCAGCUGCAGGAGCAGCCCCCGAGGCGCCGCUGCCGUGGCUGGAGUCGCAGGCGUUGUUCCUCCUGCAGCUGAUGCUGCAGCAGUGCCACACUCAGUAUGAGCUGGGGAAGCUCCUGCAGCUCUUUGCUGCAGCAGAGAACCUCCUGCUGGAUGGCCCCUACGUGAAGAGACUCUGUGCCCUCAGUGAGGCCCUGAGGGACUCCUCCAUCCCAAUCAGCAGCUCCAUCCUGAGCUCCUGCAGCCUGGAGGCGUUCCAGGAGGAGUGCAGCUCCAUCCUGGAGCAGCUGCAGGAGAAGGGAAUGUUCAGCCUGGCUCGGGAGGUGGCGGCCCUGGCUGAGCUGCCCGUGGACAGCGUUGUCACACACGAGGUUCUAAGAGACCUACAUCAUUUAAGAGACACUGAACAGUGGCAUCAAACCCAGACAAGAGCCGAGUUCUGGAAGAAGUGCAACGACACCUUCACUAAACAUUGCAUCUGCAGCCGAGCCGCAGCCAGGUUCUUCCUCCACCAGGCCAACCACGUGUGGGAGUCCUCUGGGCAGGAGAAGACAACCAGCAGCAUGGAAAGACAGCUGCUGCUCACCUUGGCCGGGCACUGGCUGGCCAAGGAGCCCGAGGUGGCCGUGCAGGAGCUGGAGGAGGUGGAGAAGCAGAUCUGGCUGUGCCGCAUCACGCAGCGAGUGCUGGAGGCCGAGGGCUCGGGGCAGAGCCCGAGUCCCGGCCCUGCCCGGCUGGGCAGGGAGCUGUCCUUCAGCAGCCUGGCUCAGCUGUUCUCCUUUGCCAAGCUGCCGGCCCUGAACACGGCCGGGCUCUGCAGGCCGGAGGCUCUGGCUGCCGGGGAGCCCCGGCAGGCGCUGGGGGACGCGCAGCGGGCGGCGCUGGCCGCGCUGGUGGGGACCCUGCUGGACGAGGGCAGCGUGCACGAGGCCGCCCGGGCCUGCCACUACUUCCAGCUGUGGCACAGGGACGUGUCCCUGGUGCUGCACUGCAGGGCCCUGGCCUCGGGGGAGGCCGGGCUGGAGCAGCUGCAGCCCGAGGUGCAGGCUGUGCUGGAGGCCGGAGCGGGGACGGCCAGAGCCAGCGCAUCCAGCCUGGAGGACUGGACCCCCCUGGGCUGUGAGGAUGAUGAUGUGGUGGCAGCACUGAAGGCUCUGGCAGAGGAAUGUGUCCAUGGCAGGGGCUACUGCAGGCAGGUGCUGUGCCUCUACGAGCUGGCCAAGGAACUGGGCUGCUCCUUUGGGGAGGUGUCAGCACGGGAGCCCCAGGAGGUGCUGGGGGCCAUCCUGGCCCGGCAGGGGCCGGAGCGUGGCCGCAGGGCUCAGGCCUUCAUCACCUGCCAGGGACUGACCCCUGCCACUGUGGCCCCACUGCUGGCACAGCAGAUCACCCAGGAGCUGCUGGCCUCAGCCCAGGGCAAAGGGCAGAAGCAGGUUUGGAACCCUGCAGUGGAGAGCCAGGCACUGCUGCAGCUUGCCAAGCUGUGCCAGGACCACACCUUGGUUGGGAUGAAGUUGCUGGAUAAAAUCUCCUCUGUCCCCUGUGGGGAGCUGUCGUGCAUUACAGAGCUGCUGAUCCUGGCCCACAGCUGCUUCAGCCUGACGUGUCACAUGGAGGGGAUCACUCGAGUGCUGCAGGCAGCUCGGCUGCUCACCGAGGAGCACCUGGCUCCCAGGGAGGAGUAUGGGCUGGUGGUGCGCCUGCUCACAGGUAUUGGCAGGUACAACGAGAUGACUUACAUCUUCGAGCUGCUGCACCACAAACACUACUUCGAGGUGCUCAUGAGGAAGAAACUGGACCAGAGCGGCACGCUGAAGGCGGCGCUGCUGGACUACACCAAGCGCUGCCGGCCCGGGGACAGCGAGAAGCACAACAUGAUCGCCCUGUGCUUCAGCAUGUGCAGGGACAUCGGCCACAACCACGAGGCUGCUGCCUCCACCCAGCUCAAACUCAUCGAGUGCCGGCCCUGGGAGGAGUCUCUUCAGGAUGUUGCAAAUUUAAAGAAGCUGCUGCUGAAAGCUCUGACUCUCUUCAUUGAUGCAGCAGAAAGUUACUCCAAGGACUCGUGUGUGCGGCAGGCUCUGCGCUGCCGCCGCCUGACCCGGCUCAUCACGCUGCAGCUGCACUUCCUGGGCUCGGGCCAGAGCACCAGGAUCAUCAACCUGGGCAGGCAGGACCUGCCUGGGGCCAUCCUGGCCUUGCCCAGGUUCUACCAGGCAGCCAUCGUGGCCGAAGCCUACGAGUUCCUGCCGGACUGGGCUGAGGUUCUGUUCCAGCAGGUGAUCACCAGGGGGGACUUUGUGUACCUGGAAGAGUUCAAGCAGCAGCGGCUGCUGCGGCCCGGCCUGUUCGAGGAGGUGGCCAAGAAGGUCAAACAACAGCAGGGUCAAACCUCUGCUGAUGCUGCCCUGAGGAACCUGAAGAGGUUCCUCACCCACUGUGAGGACAUCUACACCUACUACAGGCUGGCCUACGAGCACAAGUUCUAUGACGUGGUGAACUCCCUGCUGAAGGACCCUCAGACUGGCUGCUGCCUCAAUGACCUCUUGUCCAACUGACCUCCAGCUGAAUUCCAGCCUGGAGCACAGACUGCAGGGUCAGUGCUGAUUAACACAGAUUUUAUCACUGACCUGCUCACAGGGCUCUGCUGCUCUGCAAAAAUUAGUCCAGAAAACUGGACAGGGUUGUAAGUAUUUAAAAGGCUGAGACUGUGUUAACCUAAAUUUGUGCUUUGUAUAAUAAAUCUCACUGUUUAUAAACUA